CAGUUACUUUCAAUUUCUUUUCAAAACAUUUGUAAGUAAGAAAGAACUAUAUAUUCGACCAUGGCAGCUACAAAGUCAUCAGUUGUUUCACUAUUGCUUUUCGGCCUUCUGGUGAUCGUGCUUCAAAGCCAAGUGAUUGAGUGUCAGUCGAACACAUGCUCAACUUCACUUACGAACCUGAACGUGUGUGCCCCGUUCGUGGUGCCAGGGGCACCCACUGCUAGCGCGGAGUGUUGUGCUGCACUACAGUCAAUUGAUCACGACUGCAUGUGCAACACUAUGCGCAUUUCCGCUCAAAUUCCCUCUCAGUGCAACCUCCCUCCCCUCUCUUGUGCUGCAAAUUGAGUUUAUGGUCAGUGCCAGCCAGUUCACAGCCGCUGCAUGGGAAAAUAAAAUAGUAUCGUAACAAUAAAUUAACGUUGUCCCUUUUAUCUUUUAUUUUGUUGUUGUUUGCAUUGCUCUUUAUUCUGAUGUUGUCGUUCCUCUGAUCUGCAACUGAGCAAGGUCAGGAAAGAGUUUGUAGUGUCAUAUAUAUGAGUAUGAAUAAAACAAAUUAACUUGGUUAA